UUCUUUACCUCCUAACAGGUCGUGUCAAAAAAGAAGGUAGAUAAUUUCUCGAAGAAAAAUGCAGUUCGUUUCGUGCCUUCUAGGCAUAUUCCUGGCCCUAGUCCUACAGGCAGAAGCGAAGGCGCCGUUGAGGUACCACGAAGAUGAUUACCACCCGAGGUCACGGGCUUCCAUCGUUAUGAGAGGCGAAGACAAGGAUUACUGGACGAAAGACGCACAGGACGCCUUGACGAAGCAGCUAGGAAUCCAGCUGCGGGAGAAGCAGGCCAAGAACAUCGUCUUCUUCCUCGGGGACGGCAUGUCCUUCAGCACCGUCACGGCCGCCAGGAUCCUGAAGGGCAGCAAGACGGGCAAGUUCGAGCGGGAGACCCUCUCCUGGGAGGAGUUCGACUUUGCUGCCCUCAGCAAGACGUACAACACCCAAAUGAUCGUGACAGACAGCGCCGCCAGCGCCACAUCUUACCUGAACGGAGUGAAGACCAACCAGGGAAUUAUUGGACUCGACGUCAACGGGAUCAGAGGAAACUGCUCCUCCCAGUUGGAUGAGUCCAUCUACACCUCCUCCAUCGCUCAGUGGUUCCUGGAAGCUGGAAAAUCGGCCGGUUUCGUAACGUCCACCCGCGUGACUCACGCCACCCCUGCUGGAACCUACGCCCACAUCGCCGAGAGAGACUGGGAGGACGAUAGUUUUGUUGAAGACGACUUAGCUGAUCCUGAGAUUUGCGAUGACAUUGCUGAGCAGCUGGUCUUCAGAGAGCCUGGAAAGCAUUUCAAGGUUAUCCUGGGAGGCGGUCGUCGCGGUUUCAUUCCCGUCGAAGAACAUGACGUGGAGGAGGGAUCUGCGGGAUACCGACGGGAUGGGAAGAACCUCAUCAACGCCUGGCUGGAGGAGAAGGAGAAGAUGGGAGCAUCUGCCGCCUACGUCUGGAACAAAGAUGACCUCUUGGCCGUUGACAUCCAGAACACGGACUAUCUCAUGGGUCUAUUCUCCCACUCGCACAUGGACCUCGUCCUGGACAGAGACGAAACUCAGGACCCGACUUUACCCGAGAUGACUAAAGUCGCCAUUGAAAUGUUGUCGAAGGACCCCAACGGAUAUUUCCUCCUGGUCGAAGGUGGAAGAAUCGACCACAUGCACCACGAAAAUCGGGCACAUAAGUCCCUCUACGAGGUCCUGGAUUUCGAGGAAGCCGUCACCAUGGCUCUCUCUAUAACAGACCCAGAGGAGACCAUUGUCAUCGUCACCGCUGACCAUGGCCACACGCUCAACAUCAACGGCUAUGCAGAGAGAAACGAGGAUAUUUUUGGAUAUUCUGGAAUCAGCGACAUCGAUGACAAGAAGUUCACUUCCCUGAGCUAUGGAAAUGGCCCUGGCUUCAGACUUGCUUCAGACGGCCGGUAUGAGCCCACUGAUGAAGACAUAAAGGAUCCCGAAUUCCAGUACACCUCAGGGAUCCCAAGGGACUCUUCUACACAUGACGGCACUGACGUAGGAAUCUGGGUUCACGGUCCGUUCGCCCAUCUAUUCACAGGUGUCUACGAGGAGAUCUACACCCCGCACGCCCUGGCCUACGCCGCUUGCGUCGGCCACGGUCGCAAAUUCUGCGACGAGAAAUGAGUUUCUGAUAGUUUAUAAAGUAGUUCCAGAACCCUC